GUCCCGUCCUGGUUUGAGGCGGGCUGCUAUCAGAAGACAAAAUCCCGCAACCUCCGAUCCAUCGUCGUACGCAGAGCUUGGCGAGAGAGCGGGCGCGCGUUAUCCUCACAAUGACCACGAAGCCGGAGCAACGUCGGAGAGGCCACGUGGCGUGGAAGCUUCGAUCGCUCAGCGGAUAGGCCUAUCUCUCUCCUUGUUCUCAUAUCCUCUCGCUCUCCUUUCUUAUAAACGGGGCUCCAACAUCUCUUCUUCGCCGCAAGCGAGAGAGAAGGAGAGAAUCAUGGAUCACGCGGCGGAUGCGCAUCGGACGGAUCUGAUGACGAUAACGCGGCACGUGCUGAACGAGCAGACGAAGCAUGCGGAGUCGCGGGGGGACUUCACCAUCCUCCUCAGCCACAUCGUCCUCGGCUGCAAGUUCGUCUGCUCCGCCGUCAACAAGGCUGGCCUUGCUAAGCUCAUUGGACUUGCUGGAGAGACGAAUGUCCAGGGUGAAGAGCAAAAGAAACUGGAUGUGCUUUCACAUGAAGUCUUUGUCAAUGCUUUGAUAAGUAGUGGCCGUACAUGUAUUCUUGUUUCAGAAGAGGAUGAGGAGGCAACAUUUGUGGAUCCAGCACUUCGUGGAAAAUACUGUGUCGUCUUUGAUCCACUGGAUGGUUCCUCUAACAUAGAUUGUGGUGUUUCCAUUGGAACGAUUUUUGGGAUUUACAUGGUUAAAGAUAAGAAUGAAGUGACUAUAAAUAAUGUAUUACAACCGGGGAAGAAUAUGCUCGCAGCUGGUUAUUGCAUGUAUGGAAGUUCUUGCACGCUUGUAUUGAGCACUGGAAACGGUGUCAAUGGUUUCACACUAGAUCCAUCUCUUGGAGAGUUCAUACUGACUCAUCCAAAUAUAAAGAUACCAAAGAAAGGCAAAAUAUAUUCAGUGAAUGAAGGAAAUGCCAAAAACUGGGAUGGACCUACGGCAAAGUUUGUUGAGAAAUGCAAAUUUCCUAAGGAUGGUUCCUCACCAAAAUCUCUGAGAUAUAUUGGAAGGUAUCUGGAUGAUAGGCACUACUUUCAUUUUGUAUCUGGAGUUUCUCUUAUCUUGAUUAGAGCUACUUCACGUUUUCUGCGUUACCCUGAUAUUGGAAUAAGAAAUCUUAAUGCUGACAUACUAUAGUAGAUAUCAGAAAAUCAAGUUCCAAUGAUGAUUUUAGGAUUCGUUUGGUUGACGGGAAGUGGAG